AUGUACGAGGUCGAGCUCAUUCUGCACAAAACUGGAUUCGGUAGCAGAGGUGAAGACGUGAAAAUUAAAACCGAAAUUCUCGACGAGAUCGAGAAUUUUUCGAUGGACGACGACAUCCCCGACAUCGGCGCAGAAAACGAAGCCCCGGAAUUUAUCGACUUUGAGGUGUACCUUAACAAGCUAUUCCGCAAAACUAGGCCAUUAAUUAAUGAGAUCCAAGUACUGCCGACAAGCGAUAACAGAAAAUCCGAAAAACCCGAAUUAAAUAAUAAUCCGAAGGGCUUUCAAUGUGUCCUCUGCAAAAGGGAUUUUUCAAGGUACUCCACGUUGAAGGAUCACCUGCUGAUGCACUCGGGCGUCGAGCCCUACAUGUGCAGGCACUGCAGUUCUCGUUUCCGGGAUAAAGAGAUCCUGAAGAGCCACAUAGUGGCGAUGCAUUCGUCAGAGAGUCCAUUCGAGUGUUCGAUUUGCAAGAAACGCCUGGUGCAUCGGCAGUCCCUCAGAGAACACGUGUUGAUGCACUCGAAUGCAAGGCCCUUCGAGUGUUCGGUCUGUAAAAAGCGAUUUUUAAGACCCAGCAGUUUGAGAGCCCACGCCAUAGUGCACACUGCGGAUGCACCAUUUCAGUGCGAGAUUUGCCAUUCGCGAUUUAAAAGAGCCUCCGUCUUGAAAACCCAUAAAUUAACCCACUCGAAUGUGAGGAGAUUCGAGUGCGAGAUCUGCAAAAAUCGGUUCCACCUGAAGGGCGCCCUGAAACACCACAUUCUGUCGCACUUUGGUGUCAGGCCUUAUAAAUGUUCCGAGUGCAACAAGAGUUACCGCAGGUCGUGGGGUCUUAAAGUGCACAUGUUCGGGCACACCGGGGUCACCAGGUUCGAGUGCGACAUAUGUAAAUCGCGUUUUAGCGUCAAGUCGAAAUUGGCGAUGCACAUCUAUGCACAUUUGGGGGAAAAACCGUACAAGUGCAAGAUCUGUGGUCGGCAGUACAGCGAGAGGUACUUGCUGAAGAGUCACAGGUGCAUCGCGCAUCUCACCUGCACCGAAGGUCAGGUGCAACACUGCAGGACUCUGCAAAAGGAGUGA